GUGAUGUUUCCCGUGUAGUAACGUCACCAUGUGAUGCCUGACGUAAACAAUCUGCGCCGCGAAGCAGGAUCGUAAUGGCGGUGGCUCAACCGAACUUAGAGAAAGAGAGCGACGAUUGCUCUUUGCUGCCUUUAGUUCAUGAUAUUAUAAAAUGCAUGGACAAGGACAGCCAAGACGUCCACCAAGAACUGGCUAAACUGAAGGCAAAGAUCCAGGAGGCUCGGGAGCAGAUCUCCAACAUGCCCGGGAUAGACAGCAGUCCGGCGGAGCAGCAGCAGCAGCUGGCGACGCUGCGGGAGCAGGUCCGCACCAAGAACCAGCUACUCCAGAAAUACAAAAGUCUGUGCAUGUUUGACGUGCCAAAAGCAUCGUGAUACUGAAGACUGGAUCACUGCACUGACUGGAGAAAGCGCAGGCACAGCCGAGGUGCAGGAAGGACUAUUUGUUUAACUACAUCCUAACCCGUGGAUCAGAUAAACGUGGGAGUCAAGGACGUUUAAAUGAGCAAAGACUGAUUUUUCUCAUUUGCAUCGCAAUGAACUGAGUUUUUGCUCCUUAUUUUUUUGCAUCGCGAGAAUGCAAACUGGUUUUUGUGGCAUUUGUAUUAACUGUAGUUGUGUCUUUUUCUUAUAUCUGUAACAUUCUUAUUUUAUAAUAAAAUGAAUUGAUUACGACCCA